GCUCGGGACGCCCUCCUCUCUCGGUUGCCUUCAUUCUCCCGGUCUAUAAAUUCUCUUUCAGAUUAGCUUGCAAAUUCUUUCCUUCAUCGAAACAAGACAGACGAGAAACGAACGGCCGCUGGUGGUGGUGAAGGGUUAUAAUAAGCUUCCUGCUGUAAUGUUCUUACUGAUUCAUUUGACACAUACCAUCCCUAAACACGCAGGAAACAAGUGUAUCUACCAUCGAUUUACAGCCCGUCCCAAAGAUUUAAAGUGUGGCGAUGAGCUUCAAGAAAGGUCUGGGCAAGCCCUCCCGGCCCCCGCCACCGAAGCAGGGGCAGGGCAAGGGUAGUGUCAGUCUGUCAGGCUUUAGUUUCAAACAGCUGGAGGAGGAUGAGGAUGAUGAGGAUCUUACAGCUUUCACUGGCAAGUACGACAAGUUAGUUGAAGAAUCUCACCGAGUGCAGAAACAGAAGCCGAGCAGUGAGAGAACAUUUUCUUCAUCGUCUGUCUCGUCCACCUCCUCUGCUCCAGCAGAGCUCAGGUCCCUAGAACAACAGCCGGAGAAAGUUGUCUCUGGAGGCUCAUCAUCAGUGGAUGGUGUUGGAGUGAGGCCCCCAUUACUAUCAACAGGAUCUUUUCCCAUGGAUAAACCCCCCCUAAAACCAGCAAUAUCUCUCCCAGUGGAUGUUGCUGCUCACAAUUCCCCAAUAAGAGAGCGAGCCAAGGCAAAACUUGAAACCUCAAAAGAAAUAUUCUCGGGUCUUAAAGGUAAAAUUACAGACAAAAUUUCUAGAACAAUUGAGGAAUUCUCUGGUGAUUCCAGCUCAAGCCCAAGUCCUGAAAAAGAGAAACAAAAGUUGCUGCCUGUUGAAAAGCCAUCAGAGCGAGAGCCUGUGGUGAAAGAAAAUGUGACUUUGUUCAGGUCCUCAGGUAUUGUAGAGGACCACCCCUUGGCUCACUUGGAAGUGGAGGAUGACUUUGAAGAUGUCAUAGAGGAUGUCAUCAGUGCGUCUCUUCAGAAAGAGCCAAGUACUGAGGAUGACACUCUGGUGUUUCAUGAACCUGAAGGACGUGGUACUCCUGACUCUGAGAUGCUUAUGUUUGAAGAGCAUUUCAUCAGUGAGCCAACAGAGGACUUCACAGGCAUGCCUGGUCUCAGCACCUCCACUCAGCUCAAAUCUCGCUCGAAAAUCAAACGCUUCAUGAAGAAAAAGGAGCCCAUGACAUCUGCUGUGGCUCACAUGUCUGCCUUGCACUUCACACCAGAUGAAGAUUUGGCCAAGCCUUUAUUUAGGAAACCGACGUCAGAUGAUAGCCAAGCUGACAACACUGCUUCUCAGGGGGCAGCCCCAGAGAAGAGCGAAGUGCCUUCUUCCCCUUUCUCUGACUCUACUGCCAAUGCCAUCCUACGCCAGCUCAGUUUUGCAGACAAUCGUCCGGUUCCUGUUCAAAAGCUCAUAGUCAUUUCCCUUUUCGUGUUUGCUUACCUUAUCCUGCCGUUGCCUUCAUACAUGUCGGGAUUUAUCAUGGGGUCCCUGCUCGCCACUGCCAGCUGUGGUUUCUACUUGUGGCUGAUGGAACCUCCGCCUCCCUCUGAGCCUUUUACUCUGCCUCCUGUUGAGGAUCUACCCCCACCACCAGUGCCUGAGAUGAAGGUUGGGUUGGAAGGAGAGGAGUGUCGCCAUAAGGGGUGGAUGAAUGAGCUGACUGACUACACUGUUGAAAACUACCACAUAAACAAGACUCACUGUGUCUUCAUCAGUCUCGAAGGCACACACUUGCGACUGCAGCGGCCCAAAAACCCUGUUCCCAAGAGGGCAAUGUGGGACGAAAGCUUUCCAAAGCCACAGUUUAUCCACCAGCGGCAUUUCGAUCUUCCAGGCUCAAGCGUCUAUCUUUUACCUCAAGGGCUUGUGAAGAAAAGAAUCUGGAGCAAGAAGUACCCGAUAUGUAUCUCUUUAACAUCUGCCAAGGGCGGCGUUAGUAGUAACGGGGAGGAUGCAGCAACAUCAAAACUGAAACACAUUUUGUCUGAACCAAUCAUCGGAGCAAAGAAGGAGAAAGUGUCUGAUAUGGGUUUCGAAAUAAUCACGGAAGAAAAAUGUGAUAGUAACGUGCUGUACCUGUUUGCUCGCACUGGACGAGAGAAAGAGGAAUGGUUUAAACGAUUCUCCGCCGCUGCUGCUGGAAUUCCAUUAGGCAACCAUGUGAUGGACAUGAAAAGGGCAGUUGGCAGUAACUCCAGUCCUCCUCCUAAGAAGAGCUCAGAGGUCACCCCACGUCACAAGCGAGAGGGCUCCACAGACUCCAUCACCUCAGCAUCCAGUCUACCGGACAUUGCGCCGGAGGUGAACGGGACAAAAGAAGAUAGUCAAGGUGUGAGUCUACUGACCUUUGCCCACUACAUGGGUCGGCUGAUGCCAGCUGGCCUCUCCUCCAGACUGUCCAGCCCCACUCACACAGCACCAGUUAAAGAUAUUGGCAGCUCCAAAGAAGGGAAAGACGGGGCGAAGAGCCAGCCAGCUAGUAAAGAUGAGGAAGAAGCUAUUCCCAUAUCUCAGAAUGGGUCUAUCGUCUGUGAUAGCCAGCUCUUUUGGGUCAACGCCCUGAUUGGCAGAUGCUUCUUCGAUUUUCUCAGAGACAAGUGGUGGAUUGGCAAAGUCACUGAAAAGUUGCAGCGGAAACUCAACAAAAUUCAUGUGCCAUAUUUCAUAGAGGAACUGCAGGUCACAGAUAUUCACAUGGGCUACGAGAUUCCUGCCAUCCGUCACGCCGGCCGUCCAUACAUGGACGAGAAAGGCUUCUGGGUCGACCUGGAUAUUACCUACUCUGGAGGCUUUACAAUGACGAUUGAGACAAAGAUGAACCUCAUGAAGCUUAAAAAAUCCCCACAUGCGUCCAACUCUCCAGGACGUUCUGUGGACAGCAAAUCCCCUGUGACUGAUUCAGAUGAGGAAGACAGUGCUGAGUCUUCGACAGAUGAGGAGGAAGAAACUCCAGCCACUGGCGAGGAUGGCUCUUCUGGUGGAGGGACAAGCAAAAAGUUUCUGCGGUACCUGAACAAAAUCACCCAGUCGCGAUAUUUCCAGCAGGCCACUGAGUACAAGGUCAUCAAACGGGCCAUGGAAAAUGUUAGCAACACACGCCUAACCCUGACUGUCACAGUCAACAGCCUUGUUGGCAAGCUUGCCCUCAACAUCCCUCCACCACCGUCAGACCGACUCUGGUACGGUUUCCGUGGCAACCCCCGUUUACGUCUUUCAGCCAAACCUCAGGUUGGUGAGCGAGCAGUGACCAUCACUCACAUCACAGAAUGGAUUGAGAAGAAGCUGGCUCUGGAGUUUCAGCGAGUGUUUGUGAUGCCAAAUAUGGAUGACCUGGUGAUUCCGAUCCUGGUGCCUGGAGAAGUGAAUGGAGUGACAAUCUCUCGCUCCGUGUCCUUAUGAUAUCGCCUGUGACCCACAGACCAGUGAUUUUGUCAUUUCAUCUACCUGCUGAUAGCAUUCACCAUAUCUAAGUUUGUUGUUGCUGUUGAUGGUCCAGCUUGAUUCAUUGCCAUCCACUUUUGUAAUUGAACUCAUUUUCUAAUGAGCAUUAUGACGAGAUGUGGUUUUUCUUAUGCUGAUUGGCUGUGUGAGCUCCAUCUUGAUUCUAACUUUUGUGGAAUGAAGGAAAUUGUCACGCUUUUUUUGUUCAUUCCUUUUUUUUAGAUUAUGUCUGUCAUUAUGUUCACGAUGUGGUCAUGUAUUUUUGGCAGUGGUAAAAAAAGUUAUCAAUAUUUUGCUAGUCCUUGUAGCUCCCCUGUAUUUUACUAAACCUGAAUGCAGCAGCACCAACCAUUGCACUACAGUCUAUUACUUCUGUCAUCUUUUUAGUUAAUUAGUUGCUUCAAUUGACAAGAUUUCUUCUUUGAUAUGGGAAAAAGUUUUCAAAAAUAUAUGUGUAUGGUUAUAUUUAUAGAACUCUUUUUUUACCGUUAGUUUAUGUAGCUCAUCUCUGUUGUCAUUCACAGAUUAAGAGCUGUUCAUUUGCAUGUCUUCUUGCUUUCAAUGUGAAAGUGAAUCGGAAAGGAGCCAAAUUUUAAAAUGAUGUAAUCUCUUGUACGAUCACUGCUACAUAUAUUUGAACUACUGGGACAUGGAUUGUGAUGCUUCUCAUAAAAGAGUAAUCUGUUUUACAUGCAACAGGCCUUCAGUUUCUUAAGGGAGAAAAAAUUAUGUAUAAUGAGAAUGUAUGAAAUUUGGAAAUUUUUUUUUUUUAACUUGUGAAGGAGCUUGGGUUUGUUUAAUGUGGUCAGGUCUUGGAGUCACCGAGGUGUCUGAAAAGACCAAAAGCAAAUACAAGAGAGAAUUUUAUGGUUUUGACUGGAAAAUGACUAGAUGUAGUGAAGACAAAGGGCAUGUUUGGCCCUAAAGUUUUAAGUAGCAGCAACUUAAAAAAUGUUUGGAGUUUUUUAAUGGGUGUGGAGGUCAGGAGACCUUUUUUUUAAAAUGGUAGAUUAUUCGGUAUUGGCAAAGUUUGUCGGCUUGGUAUAGAAAAAUAAUGCCCACCUGUUAUAAGAUGAAUCAUAUCAGAAUGAUAAUGUCUGACUUGUUCACGAGGCAGCUCCUCAGCUCCAGAGCAGAUCUCCUUACAAUAGCCAAGACAUAUAGUGAAACUGUUUGACAAAACACAAAGAUUCCAUUUGAGAUCAUUCUUUAUACACCAUGAAUAAAUUCAUCUCUGCAUAUGUAUUAAUGUAUUAAUCUAUACUGAGAAGUGAAAAUAAUAUGUCUGCACUAUUAUUUCUUUUAUAACUGCGGGGGGGGGGGGGGGGGGGGGGGGAGAAGAUAGACAGUGGACAGCAGUUCAGACUUUCUUUUAUACCAAGUGCUGUUUUGGGAGACGGUUUUAAUGAGUGCUAUGACAUGAUUGAUUUGUUGAGGCUUUUAAAUACAAUUUAAAGAUGAUGGCACCACAGUGAGGAAUUUUAAUUUUUGUUUGGAUAUCUUCUGGAAUUGAAAUUGGUUUGCCUGUUGAAGUGGUAAUUGCAAUUUUUGAAUCUCUUGUAACAUAGAUCUCUCUCAUUAUUGGUGUUCUGAUAGUAGUUGCAAGUCUUUACCCUACCUUGGGUUUUUAGAAAAAAUUCCAUGGUACUUUUUUCAAACUAUUUCCAGGGUCCCCGCAGGGUCGGGAAAUCUUGAAAAAGUCGGGAAUUUUGAGAUAGGUCGGGAAAAAGUCGGGAAUUUUGUGAUGGGUCGGUAAGUCGGGAAAGUAUAGGGCCUGUGUGAUGUGCAGCUAUCAAGACUGUAUGGUUGAUGAAUCCUAAAGAGGAAAUGUAAUUGAACCGCUGUGACGGAAGUGUAUGUGUGACACCAAGGCUCGAUCGGGAAGAAUCAAGAUCUGCUUUCGUAACCACCCA